AUGCUAGCAGUCAUCAACUGUGUGUCACUGCAGGUUGCCCUAGACCAAGCCAAAGAAGGGAGUCAUCAUCCAGGGACCUCCCAGAGACCACAAGAAAACAUGGGGAGGAUUUUCCUCACAGGAGGAAAAGCAAAUUCGGUACUAAAACGCUACCCAAGAGCUAAUGGACUUUUUGAAGAAAUAAGACAGGGAAACAUUGAGCGUGAAUGCAAAGAAGAAUUUUGCACAUUUGAAGAAGCAAGAGAAGCGUUUGAAAAUAAUGAAAAAACUAAAGAGUUUUGGAACACCUAUACAAAAGCGCAACAAGGUGAAAGUAGCAGAGGAAGUGACUGGUUUCAAUUUUACCUCACCUUUCCAUUAAUCUUUGGCCUUUUUAUUAUCCUCCUUGUCAUUUUCCUAAUCUGGAGAUGCUUCCUAAAAAACAAAACUCGCAGACAGACAGUGACUGAAGAUCACAUCCCUUUCCCUCAGCACCUUAAUAUUAUCACUCCACCUCCCCCACCAGACGAAGUGUUUGAUAGCAGUGGAAUUUCGCCAAGCUUUCUGGAAUAUGUAGUUGGGCGCUCAGAUUCUGUCUCCACUCACCUGUCCAACUGCGAUCCUCCACCAACCUAUGAGGAAGCCACAGGACAGAUGAACCUUCAGAGGGUUGAAACAGAAACUCAUUUAGGACCCCCCCCGGAGUAUGAGGACAUCAUCAAUUCCAACUCAUCUUGUGCCAUUGCUAUGGUGCCUGUGGUCACCACCAUCAAAUGA